CACCUUUUUUUUUUUUUGUCAUGAUUGGUACAAUAUUCAAAGUAUAUUGGGAACAAUGGAAAAAGAACUUUUUUUAUAAAGAAUCAAAAAAGGAUGGAUAUGAUACUCCAAAGGUGGGAUUAUUAAAAGCAAUUAAAAGCAUGAAUCAAACACAAUGGAUUGCUUUUAUAGCAGCUUAUGCUGGUAUGAUCCUGGAAGCUCUCGAUUUUUUCACCACAACUUUAUCUGUUACUCAAAUAGCUACUGAAUUCAAGGUUGAACCUUCUGCUGUUACAAGUGCUAUAACGACAACAAUGAUGUUACGUCCAGUAGGUGCUCUUUUGUUUGGUGCUGUGGGUGAUAGACUAGGACGAAGAUGGCCAUUAGUUGCUGGUGUCCUUUUAUUUUCGGUGGUCAAUCUUGGAAGUGGAUUUGCUCCUGAUUUACAAACUUUUAUCGCUCUUCGUGCAUUAUUUGGUAUCAUCAUGGGAGCAGAAUGGGGUUUGGGGACAAGUAUUGCUUUUGAAUCUCUUCCUAUUGAGGUGAGAGGGUUAUUUUCUGGUAUUUAUCAAGAAGGUUGGGCGGUUGGAUGUUUAUUAGCGACUUUUAUCAGUUUUGUUCUCACUGAAUACAACAAAUCAUGGCGGGCCCUCUUUUGGGUCGGAUCAGCAUUAUCCAUUCCUACUAUCAUCCUACGAUGUUUUUUGAAAGAAACAGAAGCAUUUGUCAAAUCAAAAGAAGCACGUCGUGUCAUUGGUCGAUCUUUUUUACAAGAAACAUGGCUUUCCAUCAAACAUAACUGGUAUCGAUUGAUUUAUAUGUUUCUAGUCAUGGGUUUUCUCAACUUUAUGGGACAUGCAACUCAAGAUUUGUAUCCAACCUAUCUAACCACUCAAUUAGGAUAUUCUAACUCUGAUCGUACCAUUACUAUCGUCAUCUACAAUAUUGGUGCCAUUGUUGGAGGUGCAUUUUGGGGAAGUAUGUCCAAUCGGUGGGGUCGUCGUUUAUGUAUCGCGAUAUGUUGUGCAUGUGCUGGUGCUGUGAUUCCUCUUUGGACUUAUUCUGGCAAUAAAUCUGCUCUUCAGUUUGGUUCGUUCCUUAUGCAAUUCUUUGUCCAAGGUGGAUUAGGAUGUGGACCUGCUCAUUUAGGGGAACUAUCACCACCUUCUUUAAGAACAACAGCUCCAGGGAUGGCUUACCAACUUGGGAACCUUCUUAGUUCCGCCAGUAGUCAAAUUGAAGCGGUUCUAGGUGAAAAAUAUCCUCUUCGAAGAUCAGAUGGAUCUAUUGUACUUGAUACCAAAGGUUCUCCUGUCGCUGAUUAUGGAUACACUCAAUCUAUACUCUCUGGAAUUGUCUGUGGCAUUGCCUUUUUCGUUGCUGUAUUUAUGGGUGUUAGUGAAGAACGCAACAAGGAUUAUUUAGACAAAGUGAUUGAAGAUUCCCGAUCAGAAAGAUCUGCUGCUGUCAGCCCUUGUGAUAUUGAACGUGGUGCAGAUUCUGAUGAGCAAAUGAAUGAAGGAAAGAUACAAAGUGACAUGAAUGACAAGAACAUAUGGAUUCAACAUAACGAACAUCCUAUCACCCAAAUCACUGAUAAUACCCAAAUGGAUCUCAAAUCUAUCCAUUCCAAGUAGUGAAUUAUUUGUAGAAUAAAUAGUUUUUUUUUAUAGUAGUAUGAUCUUUUUUUUUUUUUU